CACCGAAUCACCGUGAGUUUCGGUUUCGUUUUGGUCCGCUGUGCUCCUGCACAUAUUCCCGGAGUGUGAGAGAAACUACAUUCACUUCAUCAUGUACGAGCUGGAGAAGGAGCUUCUGCGCCGCUUCAGCACCACCAUCACCCACUUCUUACGACCUUCUUACAUUCGGGGAUUUCUGACAAACUACCUGGAUGAAGAGACUGUGGAGAGGAUCUUAUCGGAGGAGAAGUCAUCAGGGACGACGGCGGCUCAGAUGCUGCUGGACAGGAUGUUGGAGCUGGAGGAGGUCGGCUGGUUUCAGGCCUUCCUGGACAUUCUGUUGGUUUCAGAGUACACAGGUCUCCACAUAGCAAUCAGUAAGUGGGACUUUGCGGAGCUGGAGGCUCUGAAUCCUCACAGGAGGCUGCUGGACCAGGUUGAGAUGUCUAUCACCAAAAACAUGAAACCAAGAGAGCUGCUGCCCCACAUGAGCAACUGUCUCACACAGCGAGAGUGUGAGGAGAUCAGAGCGCUGGAGGAGCAGAAGGGGUGUAUGGCAGCGAGUGUGCGGUUAGUAGAGUGUCUGAGACACUCUGAUAAAUCAAACUGGUUUAAAGAGUUCAAACUCGCACUGCAAAACUGCGAUCAGAAUCUCGCUCUACAGCUACUGGAGCCUGAUGAGAAUGGAAAUUGUGCUCAGCACUGUGAGGAGAAUGAUGUAGUCAUGACAACGGUGUGUUUUGAGUAUAGAGAAGACGGCGAGAGUGAUGACCUGAUGAGCAACAGUGAAUUGAGUGAGACUGAGCAGAGUGUUAAGGGAGCAGAGGGGGGCAUGGCCAGUGAUAGUGAAAGACAUAUGGAGUUGAGAGAGUAUCAGAAAGAGCUCGCUACAGCUGCAUGUGACGGCCUGAACACCAUCGUCUGUGCUCCAACAGGUUGUGGUAAAACCAUCGUUGCCCUGGCAAUUUGUGAACAUCACCUGAAGAAGUAUCCUGAGAAGGCCAAAGUGGUUUUUAUGGCAACCAAAGUUGAGGUUUAUGAACAACAGUGCAAACUGUUUAAGAAGUAUUUCAGCAAGGAGCCCAGCAUCCGGGUACAAGGUGUGUGUGGGGAAAUGGCCAAUAUAAACCUGCGCACCCAGGUGGCCAGCAGUGACGUAUUGGUGAUGACUCCUCAGAUCCUGGUGAACGGUCUGCAGCGCGGCGACGUGACGUCUCUAAACACCUUCACACUGCUGUUGCUGGACGAGUGUCACAACACCACUGGCAAACACCCAUACAAGAACAUCAUGAGCAUCUACACCGAUAUCAAACACACCAAUAACAACACACACUCACUGCCCCAGGUGGUGGGCUUCACUGCAUCUGUGGGUAUCGGGAGUUUUAAGAAUGUGAAGGAAGCAGAGAGCAACAUCUGCCUGCUGUGUGCGAACCUGGACACCCGAGUCAUCACUACAGUUACCAAGAAUAUCGAUGAGCUCAGGUCAUUCGUGCACACACCUGAGAAACUUUUCUAUCUGGUCACACCGUGUACCUCAGACCCUUUCAUCCUCAUCUUAAAAAAUAUCAUGAAGAGCAUCGAAAAUCUGUCUAACAAAGUCUUCAACAUUGCCACAGUGUCGCAGGUACAGAAAGGUGAUUACGGCAGUCAGAUGUAUGAGCAGUGGAUUGUGGAUGUACAGAAACGCUGCAGAUUGCUACGCUUCAAUGAUCCUGAAGAGGAGCGCAGAGUCUGCAGAGCACUUUAUACCUACACUGAACACCUCCGAAAAUAUAAUGACGCUCUGAUUAUUAAUGAGGACGCCCGCACAAAAGACGCGCUGGACUUCAUGGAUGCAUUCAUUAGGGACCUCAGUAACGCUACCCCAGACCCCACUGAGCUCCAGCUUACUGAUUUAUACCAGGCUCAGCACGAGCAGCUGUGCCACUUAGCUGCUGAAGGAGAACAAAACCCCAAACUGCAGGAGCUCAAGUUCAUACUGGAUGAAGAAUACAGCAACAACCAGCAGACUCGCACCGUGCUGUUCGUCAGGACCCGCGCCCUCGCUGAUGCUCUAAAAAAGUGGAUAGAGGAGACAGAUUCACUAAAGUUUCUGAAACCUGGGGUUCUGAUUGGAAGAGGAAGAAAAUCGCAACUGUCAGGCUCAGGCAUGACUCUAACAGGACAGAAGGGUGUUCUCGACACCUUUAAGAGCUCCAAUGAAAGUAAGAUUCUCAUCGCCACCUCUGUCGCUGACGAGGGCAUCGAUAUCCCACAAUGCAACCUGGUGCUCAUGUAUGAGUACGUUGGAAAUGUUGUGAAGAUGGUGCAGGUUCGAGGUCGGGGCAGAGCUCAUGGUAGCAGGUGUUUUCUGAUCUCCAGCAAGCAGGAGCGCAUUGAUAAAGAGAAAUUGAACAUGGAAAGGGAGGAGCUGGUGGAGGCGGCCAUUAAAAACCUCCAGUGUUCACCUGAGAUCCUGCGUGCCAAGGUGGACCGGUUUCAGAAGGAGGACGUGGCCCGGCGAUCUUAUGUUAAUUUGAGUGGAGAGAAAACUCUAACUGAGGGAAGUUAUGAGCUCCUGUGUGGAAAGUGCAAGAAGUUCGGCUGUUUUAGUGAUGACCUGCGUGUUCUACAGGAAUCUCACCACAUCGUGAUGGAUCGCUCCAUAUUCCAGCGCUGUGGCACCAAACCUCACGCUAAACCCAAGACCUUCGACAACAUCACCAAAACCAAAAAGAUGUUCUGUUUGGACUGUAAACUCGACUGGGGUAUCAUCGCCUCCUACAUGAACAUACAGGAUUUGCCGGUGGUGAAGAUCGAGAGUUUCAUUGUUCAGGACAGGGUCACAAAGAAACAAACAUUAUUUAGGAAAUGGCGUGAUGUCACAUUCUACAUGCGAGAGUUUGACGUGACAGAGACGGCUGGUGGAGACGUGGGAGCCGAGAACGAUGAGACGAAAACGAAAUAAACACAUGGAUCUCCAACGUGGGUCAUGUUGUAUUAUUACAGAGCCGUAGCUAUGUUCUGCACUGGUGGGCGGGGCUUAUUUAACAGGAUAGAUUUAGGAUUCUUGUGUAUUGUGAGUUUUUGAUGAUGUCUCUUAUUUUAAUUCUCUGCCACGUGAUUGUGUGAAGUAACGAGUGUACAACCAUUAGAUCAUGUAAAUUCUCAUCAACCAGAUGUUUUUAACCCCAUAAUAAAGUCUGUGAUGAAUUAUA